AUUAUUAGUCUUAUCUUUUCAAUUCAUGGUUUCAGAUUUACUUUGUGCUUCCAUGAUCAUUGUGCUCAUUAUGCCUGUACAUGUCUAAGCAAAGCCUGGCACUCUGUGGGGGGCAAAUACAACAACCAGACACUUCGGGCAGAAUUUCUGUGGCGUUGUCCUGGGUACAGGACCAACAGGAAGUGUAAUUUUAGGGGCAGUGUUUGUGUAGUUGGUGUGUGGUGAGUGCCAGGCAAAACUUGCUCUGCCAGAAACACAAAGUGUGGUGUGGGCAAUGUUUUUUUUUUAACCCCCCCUUCUUUUUUGUAAUUGAAAAAUCCCACUAUAAGGGGAGUGCUUUAUCACGUGAACAGGUGUGUGCAUGUAUAAAUCAACAGGCAGGAAGCUAGAUAAAUAAACAGGAUAUGACUUAGUAUCUUUGCAGUCCUCACCCUAUACACCCAUAUGGGGUUCUUUAUCAAACAAAGCUGAAAGCUCUCCAUAGCGUUCCACUAUCACUGGGAAGCAAUCUGGACUGAACACACAUGAAUCAUAAAGUAAAGAACAACCAGAUGCAGACAGAUGCAGACAGAUGUCCACCUCACCAUCACUGAGCGUCUGCAUCAUGUCUGUCCGCCUCUAUAAUUUGCUCAUAAUUGCUAAUUAGUUAAUUGGGAUAAAUUAAAUCGAGGUUAUUAAACUGUGCACGGUGGAAGCCUCGCGUGGACGUCCGUGCCGAGCCGCGCGCCCUGGCGAGCCAAACCAGACGCCUAAAUGUGAAAGUAAAACCAAAGCAGCUCCAAACUGCGCACCAGACUGCGCCACAGCUCAGUGCAAGUCAGGACAGAGAAGCAGCCUCUCCACUCCAGGGCCAGCUAUCUCAUCAGCAUGAAAUAAAAGAAAAUAUGUUUUUGGACUAUAACAUGGAGCCUCGCUCUGAAACAGAACAUGAAGACGUCAUUAGUGUGGAUCAGGUGGAAACCAUACCUGAUCGGCUGCUGUUGGACCUCAUCAUCUCCACACCACUUGAAGAAUUUCCCUUUGAAGAAUUUCUUGAUGAGAGUUACUCAGAAGAGGUCUGGGAUGAUAUCCCAGAUGGAUCAGAAGAUAAAUCCACGCUGGUAUGUGAAGUUUGUGAUGAGAAUUCCUCUGUGAGAAAGAGGCAGACCAGGAAGCGUCGAGUGACUGAAAGACCGUCAAAGCAAACACCUCGCCCUAAACGCAAUAAAAAAGCCCCCCCGAGCAGUGAAUUUCCCCCUGAAGUCAACAUGGCCGUGCAGGAAGGGGAUUUCCACGUCGCUGGUGUGCCUUCGCUUGUACACUUCCCCUUAACUAUCGCCACUGCUGCCUCUCUAAUGCCAUCUGGUUCACCAACAAUGCAAAUCAUACAAACGUUCAAUCCCCUCUCUCCUCCGGUGAUUAACGGCAUUCUGCCAGUAGGGCACACCUAUGUGCUGGUUUCACCACAGUCUAUAGCGCCAAUGCCAGCGCCGGUACCAGUGCCACAGACUGCCCCUCUGUCACCUGUCGGCGGGACAGUGGCUCCUGUAGAGCUCAGUAUGUCCAUACAUCCCGUAUGCUCAUUAUCAGACACCGCAAGCAGGGGUCAGUCUCCAUCGCAGCCGGAUCCUGUUUCACCCUUACGAGACAAAUCACCCUCCAAAGAUUUUCAUUCUACACCCCAGCAAAUCAAGAAGAUGCCAGUGAUACCAAAGAAUGUUAAAGACUUCAUCCAGCACUUGAAGUCACACAUAGGAGAAGCGUGCAGCAGGCUGCAAGGAGGAAUGAGCAUGGAGUCUCACUACAUAGACACAGCACUGGUGCAGAGGAAGCUUAUAAUCAGGACUGGCAAGAAUGCAAACAAAUGCUUGGAGAAGGAACUUGUUGUGCUCAGUGACUCGGAGCGAAAGAAAGCCACGAUGCACAGGAGCCAUGUUUUCCAAAACUGUGGAACCAAUAACAAGCACCUGAUCACUGUACUUGCGAAAGCUGGCAUGGGAAAAAGCACAUUUAUCCAGCGUUUGGCCUUGGACUGGUCUACUGGUGGCCUUCGGCAGUUCCAGUUCAUCUUUUUGUUAAAUUGCAAGGUUCUUAAUCUAACUCAGGCAGGCUUCAGUCUAAAGAGUUUGCUGUUUGACUCAUCCACGUCUCCUCAGUGUGAUGAUUCUGAUGCUGUCUUCAAGCACAUUCUCACCUUUCCAGAAAAGGUCCUUGUAGUUUUUGACAGUUUCGAUGAUGUGAAAGACCUUGAAGGACUUCUUCAAUCCCCAGCUACCUCAGUUACAGAUGGCAACUACAGUAUUCGGCAGCUAUUUUCUGGUUUGUUUCAGAAAAAGAUUCUGUCAGGGUGCACCCUUUUGAUAGCAACCCGACCCAAGGACGUCCUGAAUCAGCUGCUGCGCAAAGUGGACAGUAUCUUGGAGUUGUGUUGCUUUUCUCCAAAGGACAUAGAAACGUACGUCUCAAACUAUUUUGUGGAUGCAUCAGAGAAAGAGGAGGCACUAAAGAAGCUUGAAAGCCAAAAAUACAUUUUCAGUUUAUGCUCGAACCCUUUGCUGUGCCAUCUCACUUGCUUUUUGCUGGAGCAUCUAAAAAACAGUGGUGAUAAUUUGCCAUCGACUCUUACGGAUUUAUACCAGAGAGUGGUCAGCCAGCUUGUAGAGCUAAAUGAGGACCUUCAGGGAUCCAAACAGGACACUGCGCAGCUGUGUAACAUAGCAUGGGGUGGAUUUAAAACUCAAACCUCUCUUUUAAACCAAAACCUGAACAAAACCUUGGUAGAUUAUGGCCUGAACUCUGGAAUACUUAUGACACAUACACAGUGUGAUAAACCUGACAAGAACCAGGUCAUUUAUUUUGCAAAUCUUUUUGUGCAGACCCUGCUUAGUGCCAUGCUUCUGGUUCAUUCCAAAGAACUGAAUGAUAAAACUCUGCUGGCUCAGAUCUCACUUUACCAACGGAAGAGGAAAUUUCAGGGAGAGUGGCAGGAUGUACUACAGCGGUUUGUAAUGGGACUACUUUUUCAGAAAAGCACCAUUCAUUGUUCUAGGGUUUUCCAAAGCAGUACCGACCUCCAGGUGAAAAGGAAAGCAGUGGAAGUCCAUCUGGAAAAUCUGAAACCAGCAGAGAUGAUUCCCAGCAGGUUACUUGAACUGUUUCACUGCGUGUACGAGGCCAGAAACGUCAAAUUCACCAAACUUCUGGCCAAAAACCUUCCUGAAAAUCUGUCAUUUUGUGGAGCUCAGCUCUCUCCAGUGGAUGCCUAUGUUGUUUGGCAUCAUCUUUCGCAUACCAAAGGACUUAAACAGACGUUCUCCAUUGACUUGAGGGACACGUGUGUUCCUCUCAGUGGGCUCAAAGACCUGGUUGCACUGAACUGUGUGGCCUCAUUCCGGGCCCCUACGAUGGACACCAUUAACCUGUGGGAGGACUUGCAUCGCAGUAAUGAUCAACUAAGUUUGAAAAACGCCAUUGAAAAGUUCACUAUAAACCCUCUGAAGGUGUCGCAGGUGUCUGACGUGGAGAACCUGGUUGUUCUUGUACAAAUCCACAAUGAGAAGAAGCUGCCCUUAUGUGAGGUCGAGCCGGCUCUGGAGAACGGCGUUCCUGCCGUGCGGCAUCUUCACAAGCUGGAGUACGAGCUUGGCCAGCAGAACAGCCCUGAAGUGUUUUUCCGGCUGGCGGAGAUCUUACCUGCCCUUCAGUCGCUCCAUCACCUGGAUCUUGAGAAGAAUAAGUUGGGCGACGCUGAAGCCGAGCAGUUGGCCGCUGUGCUGAGCUCGCUGUCGUCUCUGAAGCUGCUGAACCUUUCUCAAAACUGUAUUGGAGACGCCGGAGUCCGGAAACUUGCUGAAGCCCUGCCGUCUGCGUCCUCGCUGCAGAGCCUCAGUCUGUGUGGAAACGUGAUCGGGGACGGCGGGGCCGAGAGCUUGGCGUUGGUUUUACCGCGCAUGACGUCUCUGCUGGACCUGGAUGUGAAGUGUAACAAGUUUACUGACAUCGGAGCCAAAAAGCUGAGCGCUGCAUUAAAGGACUCAUCCAGUGUGAAAUCUCUUCAGAUGUGGAACGAGUGCAUUCCUUAUGGGGUUUUCGAGCAUCUUCAGAUUCAAGACUGCAGAAUAAAAGCUCUCUAAUAUAAAUCCUAACUUUUAUUUAAAAUGAAAAAGCUGCUACUAACACUGUCCUACUUGGGUGCCUGCGCACACACACACACACACACACUCUAUUGAAUGCCAAGACCUCUGCAAAAACACUAAUCCUUUAAGUGCCUUUAUUUCUCUGUAGCAAUAUUUUAUAUCUGUGUUUUUUUAUGGUCGAGCUGCUGUCUAAUAAACUACU